GAAUUGCCACGUUCACAUGACACGCAGUUUCUGUCUUCCUAUUAUUGAAAGUUAUGUAUAUAUAUGAAAGCACGAUCCACUGAUUCUUCAUCUGAAGCUAUUUGGAUUGGUGAUUAUUAAUAUUGGUAGGUGAGAUUGGAAGGUAAGAGGCAAACAAAGAUGUUGGGAAUUUUCAAUGAGAAGUUAGUGAAUGCACCGAAGGAGCUGAAGAGUCCAGCAUGUUUGAAUUCAUGCAGUAAGGGUAAGGAAAGGGAUGAGAUGAUGAAGGAUUUGAUGAGAUUUGGGAAUUGGUGGAAUGGUUUGUGGAUGAGGUUUGGGAAUGGUGAUGGUGUGUUAGGUUAUGCUCCUUCCAUGGAUGGCGAUCACAAUCACAAUCAGAGGUUGUUUAGUGUUUUGGAUGACAUAUACUGUGUUUUCUUGGGUGAGCUGCACAACCUUAGCAUGCUGAACAAGCAGUAUGGGCUAUCAAAGGGAGGAAAUGAGGCAAUGUUUAUCAUUCAAGCAUAUCGGACUCUUCGUGAUAGGGCUCCAUACCCUGCUCAUCAAGUCCUCAAAGAACUUGAAGGCUCUUUUGGAUUUCUCAUAUAUGACAACAGGGAUCGAACUCUUUUUCUUGCAUCUGCUUCUAAUGCCCAUAUUCCUCUCUACUGGGGUAUUGCACCUCAUGCUUCCCUAGUUAUUUCUGAAAAUCUCCACCUUGUUAAAGCCACCUGUGCUAAAUCAUUUGCACCAUUUCCAACUGGGUGUAUGUUUCAUAGUCAGCAUGGUCUCAUGAGCUUUGAACAUCCAACAAAGAAGAUGAAACCAAUGCCUCGGAUUGACAGCCAAGGGGUUAUUUGUGGGGCCAUCUUCAAUGUUGACUCUCAGUCAAACAUCCACCUCAUGCCUCGUGUUGGAAGUGAAGCUAAUUGGGCCAAUUGGAUUGGAGAUGACAAGCUUGCCUGAUCAAUCAUAGUCAUAGUCCAACUUUCUUUUUUAAGAAAAAAAAAAACACUUUUGAGUGGUGAAAGGAGUAACCUAAUAUGAUGGAGGUGACUCUUAGCUUUUAGUGCUUUUGGGAUAUCUAGUUUUCUCUUUUGGUUCCAUUGUUGUGUACAAAUUCAUGGUUCAAUGUGGAACAUGACUGGUAAUUUCUAAUAUCAAUAA